UUUCACUGCUUACACUCCCCCACCACUCCCUGACACAAUUCUCUCUCUCUAAAAAUUGUGUAAAUUUUGAUGUCUGAUAGUGCAAGCAAAGCAAUCACCCAUGACCUCCUCUUCUCUGAUCUUCUUAUUUUUUUGGGCGGCAUUUUAAUUAUAGUUAGGUUAAAUUUCUUAUGAUAUAGUCAUUUACCACUAAAACAGACUUUUAAAGAAACCAUAUUUAUUUGUGUAAUCAAGAUAAAUAUACUAACAAAACUGACAUAAUUAAAUGCUGUUGUUUACUAUUUGUCACUGGGAGGGAAGGAGAGAGUGAAAUGUUGAAAAUAUCUAGUUUGGUUGUUUUUUUUUUCUCUCUCUCUCUUGCUUUUAGGCUUUAGGCUUUCACUACUAAUACUCUAACUCUCUUAGUUUAAGACACUGCCUUCACAUCCAAAACACAAAUGCAAAUCUUUGUCUCCUCUCUUCCUUCAAAGUCUUUCAUUACAAAACCCUAAUAUCUCUUAUCUUCUCUGUCUCUCUUAAGGGUUUCUAUUUGGUUGAGGCUGACUAUAUCUUCUUCAAAGUUCUGAACUUUUGAAGCAUAUUAAGAUCAAAGUAAUUAAUUUGCUGCUUUUAGUUGUGAAGCUAGUCUCUCCUCUGUCCCCAAACCAAGAAACAAUUUGCAAAGAAAAAGCAAAAGGUUUUUGAAGAAGACCCAAUUUAAAAAGAUGGAAAUUGCAAGUCAAGAAGAUCAUGAUAUGCCCAUCCCAUUAAACACUACAUUUGGUGGUGGUAGUCAUGGUCACAUGAUCCAUCAUCAUCAUGAUCAUCAUGCUGCUAAUUCUGCUCCUCCAACUCACAACAACAACAUUACUACUCAACCACCACCAAUGCCGUUACAUGGUAAUGGUCAUGGAAACAACUAUGAUCAUCAUCAUCAAGAUCCUCAUCAUGUGGGUUACAACGCCAUCAUCAAGAAACCCAUGAUAAAGUACAAGGAGUGUCUCAAGAACCAUGCAGCAGCUAUGGGAGGCAAUGCCACUGAUGGGUGUGGAGAGUUUAUGCCAAGUGGUGAAGAUGGCUCCAUUGAGGCUCUCACUUGCUCAGCUUGCAAUUGCCACAGAAACUUCCAUAGAAAAGAAGUGGAAGGCGAACCCGCAGCCACCGCCAUUUCCCCUUACCACCAACCACCUCCACACCGAAAACUCAUGCUCAACCACCACAAGAUCAGAUCAGCCAUGCCACACCAAAUGAUCAUGCCAAUUGGAGUCUCUAACUACCGGUACAUGCAUAACAACUCCGAGUCCGAGGACUUUAUGGAAGAAGAUGGCGUAACCACCGCAUCUAGAUCGCUACCAAACCUGCCAUUCAACCAGAAGAAGAGGUUUAGGACAAAGUUCACGCCGGAACAGAAGGAGAAGAUGCUGAGUUUUGCUGAGAAAGUUGGGUGGAAAAUACAAAGGCAAGAAGAUUGUGUUGUUCAAAGGUUUUGCGAAGAGAUUGGAGUGAAGAGAAGAGUCCUUAAGGUUUGGAUGCACAACAACAAGAUCCAUUUCUCCAAGAAGAACAACAUUAACCUCGAAGACAACGACAACGAAAAGAUCGACAAUCUGAACAAUGUUGAUCUGUCCGGUAAUAACGACAUGACUAAGAUCGUCCCAUGAUAUAACGUUAUUUCUAUAUGAUCUUUGAUAAUUAUGUAGUUAUAUCGUUAAGUUAGCUAUUAGGGUUUUAAUUUUAUUUUCUAGCUGGUUUGGUUUUAUUUAUAUAUAUAAGCUCAUUCGCUAUCUGAUUAAAGGCAUGGAUUUCAUAUAUAAUUCUGCUCUUUGUUGUGUUUUAUUUAUUUGGAAGUUAUAUAUAUUAAUUAAACUUCUUGUAAUAAAUGUAUGACCAGUCGUUUUUUUUUCUUCUUC